AUGGCCUUUUCCCAGGAAGGAUACGACUCUCUCUCAUCAGAAAAUUUCUUUGAAGAUAAUACCGACUGGAACUCGGCUUUUAACCCUAUAAAAACUUACAUCAACUCUGAUACUUCUCCCAUCAGCACCAAUCCUCCUCAGCUAAGUUCCCUCGGGGAGCAGCAAAACCUGAACUCUUCCAUAGACGUGUCAAGCAUGGAAAGCGUUGAACGAGACACUGUGGCUAUGAUUGACAGGGGACUUCAGGAGUAUUGCACGCUUUAUGAACUUGAUGCAGCUGCACCCACCCAUCCUCAACCAGCAAGCGAUGCUUCCAAUCCAUCGGCUCAGCUCCUACAGCAGAGUGCUACUGUAACUCCCGACAGUCUUUCUACGAGAGCUAGCAACCCUAGUUCCCGGACCACUCCGGUUGCGAUGGAUAUUGAGCCUGGGAACGAGGGGGCUCAAAAUGUGACCCCUGACAAGACGGGGAGUCCUGAACUACCAAAUAGCAACACGUCGCAAGAUUCCUUUCAAGAACACCCUCCCAAGCGUCGAAAGAUUAUCAGGAAGAAGCAGAUCCUUCCUGCUGAAAUCUCUUACGUCGACCUUGCGCAAAGGGGGCAUCAAUUCCCCCCUCCUUCGAUGCCGGUGACAGACGCAUCGUCCUACAUGAUGGGGAACGACAGCACCAUCCCAGAUGCCAACGCUGACCUCGACCUGAACUACAUCCCAGCAGGUCCCAUUGUCCUUGGCGAAUAUACCGGCGGGUAUGUGAUCUUUGUGCCGACAAAGAUGCCAUCGUCUGCGGGUAUCUCCGCACCGGCACCUCAGUUUAUCAACACUGGUGCAAACCCCAUCUCCCAGAGGCCCCAGUGGAAGCCCAAUAUGUCCGCUUCGAUACUUGGACAGGCUCGUCGGUCUCAGCCCAUAUCCAUGGCGAGAUCCUGUCCACCAAACGCAGCGCCGGUGAAACAGCAUUUCACCUUUAUGGACAGCCAGGUACCGACGAACUUCGUACCAAACCCGGAAAAUCAUGCCAGGUGGACGAUUGACAAUGCGGGCAGACGGCACUAUCUCAAUGCACCAAAGAACAAGAGGCAGUUCAUGCCGACGAAUUAG